CACAGCAGGGUGGACAAACCCACACACAAACAUCUGUUUUGUAAUUAUGCAGGUAUCAAAAUUUUAAAACACAACAAAAGGCAACAGGGAUUGGAUUCGCUCUUAUAAUCACCAUUCGUCACUCGAGGGAAAAUCAACAAACAACUUCCAAGUGGAUUCGUCAUUUGCAGGGUUUGGGGUUCUAGGAGAGAAACAAUGAGUGCUGCGCCAUGGUUAUCAGUUUUGCUACUGUUUCAUGUUGUUACAACUAAAACUGGUGGUGCAACAACCACUGGAGUUACAUCUGCAACUGGAGAAACAACAACUGGAACAGAAACAACAACCGGAAUAGCGACAACAACCAUAGUAGGGACGACAACCGGAGCAGGGACAACUGUUGGUGCAACAACUACUGGACAGUUAACUACAACUGGAGACCCAACAACCGGAACACCAACAGCUGAAGUGGAGACAGCAACCAGAGUAGCGAUGACAACUGACGAUGCAACAACCACUGGUGUUUCAACUGCAAGUGAAGAAACAACAACUGGAAGUGAAGAAACAACAACCGGAAUAGUGACAACAACUAUAGUAGAGACGACAACCGGAGCAGUGGCAACAACUGGUGGUACAACAACUAUUGGAGUUUUAACUCCAACUGAAGAAGCAACAACCGGAACACCGACAGCUGAAGUGGAGACAACAACCGGAGUAGCGACAACUGAACUGGAGACGACAACCGGAGUAGAAACAACUGGUGGUGCAACAACUACUGGAGUUUUGACUGCAACUGGAAUACUGACAACAACCGACGUGGAGACGACAACCGGAAUAGCGGUAACAACUGAUGGUGCAACAACCACUGGAGUUUCAACUGCAACUGGAGCAACAACAACUGAAAUAAAAACAACAACUGGAAUAGCGACAACAACCAUAGUGGAGACGACAACCGAAGCAGUGACAACAACUGUUGGUGCAACAACUACUGGAGAGUUAACUACAACUGGAGACGCAACAACUGGAACACCAACAGCUGAAGUGGAGACAACAACCAGAGUAGCGACGACAACUGACGAUGCAACAACCACUGGUGUUUCAACUGCAAGUGAAGAAACAACAACUGGAAGUGAAGAAACAACAACAGGAAUAGCGACAACAACUGAAGUGGAGACAACAACCGGAAUAGCGGUAACAACUGAUGGUGCAACAACCACUGGAGUUUCAACUACAACUGGAGAAACAACAACUGAAAUAGAAACAACAACUGGAACAGCGACAACAACCAUUGAAGAGACGACAACCGGAGCAGUGACAACAACUGUUGGUGCAACAACUACUGGAGAGUUAACUACAACUGGAGACACAACAACGGAAUACCAACAACUGUUGGUGCAACAACUACUGGAGAGUUAACUACAACUGGAGACACAACAACGGGAAUACCAAAAGCUGAAGUGGAGACAACAACCGGAGUAGCGACAACAACUGACGGUGCCACAACCACUGGAGUUUCAACUGCAAGUGAAGGAACAACAACUAGAAUAAAAAUGACAACCGGACUCGCAACAACUAGUAGACACACAGUAGCAACAACAACCAAAGGUGCAACAACAGCUAGUGCGAUAAACACAACCCCUCUAUCUACCACAACCACAGCAACAACAACUACCACAACCCUUCCACCGCCUCCGGUUGUUAUUACCGUUGUUGUCAGGGUUGUUGCAGUACUGUUUGUAACAUAUGUACCAGAAUUGGCUAACCCCGAGAGUCCACAAUUCAUUGCACUUGCUCAGAAGUCUUUUUAGUGUACGACUUUGUAUACAGAAGGAGGUACAGAACCUACAACAACUGUGUCGUUAGAGGCUUCAGGCCCGCCGUGGCCCGGGUCCGGAUGGAAAACACUGAGGCGGACGUGGCCAUCGAGUUCAACAACAACCUAACAGAUGAAGCAAUUCCCAGCGAAGACGCCGUGGUCGAAACGUUACGAGAGGCCGUGGCUGACCCCAACAACAAUUUCAACGUGAUCUUUGAUGAGCAGUCCAUACAACUUCUUGUCACAAACACUGUCGCACCGACGACAACUACCGUCGAGGCGCUCACGACGCGACGGGUGACUUCCGAUCAGCGGGGAGAGCGGUUCACCACGGACUUGUUGGAUUCAUCUACAGCAGCAUUUCGCAUUCGAGCAUUUGUUAUCAAAACAACGCUUGAACCACCGUACCAAUUGAAAUUCACUUCAUUCCGAACCCUGAACGUGGUUUCAUUCAGUAAUGGCUCCAUCCUCAACAACAUGGAUAUAACUUUUGAAUCUGGCUCGGUGCCCAACAACAGCGCCAUCGCGAGCGUUCUGGUGGACGUCGCCGACAGUGUCACGGGCUUUGACAUAGACACAUCUUACAUUUUUGUGGAUGGCUCACAAGUUUCACAUGGAUCGAAUCACAAAGCAAAUUUGAUCAGUACCUCCUGCCUAGUGUUGUUGUCAUGGUUACUGGCAAAGCAGCAAUAAUAAUGGGAGUAAAUGAAUAUUAUUACUAACAAUAUCAUGUGCGACAGUAAUUUUAAAUGUGUCAUAUUAUGAAAUAUACAUUUUUGUAAAAUGACAAGAGUGUUUAUCACUGGCUAAAACCGCUCUUAUCUAUUUCCACCCUGAAGACACAUAAAUUGGGACACCCUUACAAACCGUCAAAAUGGUAAGAUUAUACGAACAAAACAACAUGACAUUUAAGCAUGUGUGGUAUUUGUGUUCACAUUCCUCCCACAUGCCGUUGAUAUAUCUGCAGAGAUUGCAUUGAAAACACCGAAGCCUGCGGAUUGUUAGUCAACCGGUGGAACCGUAUCAGCUAAUCAGCAAACGUCGGAAGAGGAGCGUCGGCUUUUUUUCAGCGUUGUGCAAAAUAGACUACGCUGUGGCCAAGUUCUGACAAAUGCACAUCGCUGCAUAUUUGCACACAAUUCACACAAAUUGCUAUUUUUUUUUUAAAUAGAGACAAAUAAAGUUGUGAUUGUUGGA